AUUUCAGUGUCCGAAUAGGUUUAAUCAAACUGCCAGUCAUCAUGUGUUCUGCUGGAGCUCUCCUCGCGCAGGUACUCGGGGUUUCCAUGGUUUCCAUGACACUCGGUGGUGGUCAGUUUGGAUUUGGCGGUGGAUUUGGCAGCGGAGCUGGCAGUAGAUUUGGUGGUGGACUUGGUGGCGCCUUUGGUGGCCCGGCAUACGCCGGCACGUUCGCACGGCAAGAACAGUAUUACCCACCGCAACCGUACAGCUUCGGCUACGACAACGUUGACCAGUACGGCACCAAGUCCUAUCAGAAAGAACGGGGCGACGCCUCCAACACCAAGACGGGCAUGUACGGCUACUCGGACGCCAACGGCAUCUUCCGCCAGGUGAAGUACAUCGCUGAUGCUGGCGGAUUCCGCGCAAAGAUUGACACCAACGAGCCCGGAACCGCCCCUGGAGCCAGUGCCGACGCGGUCUACAAUGCGAACCCUCUCCCCGCUGGCCCGCAGUACCGCAUCAUUGGUGGCUCCUCUCCCUACUCCUCUCGCUACACAAGCGCCUCCUCUUCUGGCCCUUGGUCUGGAUAGUCAAGAGUGUGACGUGGGGAGCCGCUUGCUGAAUAAUUGCUCCGGC